GUGUCGGGCAGCUGCAUUAGCGGCUGCGCGCUGAGAGGAGCCGCUCCCAGGCCGGCCGCCCCCUGCGCCCGGGGUCAAUUAUCCACAUUAAUAUUGUUUGGCUUUUUUUUUCUUUUACACCUCCAAGACUAUUGUAUUCUCUGCCUUGUAGCUUUAUCCUGUUUUUUUCCUGUUUAACUCAGCUGCAAAACACAAGAUCAUGAAGGCUGUAAACCAAUUGGUUCCUUGUUAGAGAUGUCACUGAUAAGAGAAAUAGAGAUUGUCUCUACCUAGUUCCUGAGGUCUCCAGUGUUUAAAUAUGGAUUUCUCUCUCACAACAUAAGCCUGAAAAGUUUAUUUUUACUCUCCGAGGUUAAUACUGAAGUGCCAUUGAUGAAGAGGAGCUACUUGACAGUUGCCUUUGACUGGUUGAAUUGUGCAGCAUUGUUUACCCAGGAGGUACACUGAGAUCCAUUUGUUUUCAUCCUUGACAUUGUUUCCACCUGGGUUAUGGCAGAAUUCUGAUACAAAAACAAAAACGUACAGGGGGAACAAUUUGGAAUAUAAACUGAGCAUGGUAGGAUCUUGAACACAAAUUGUUGUAAAAGGAGAGAAGAGGAGGUGAAGGAAUGGCAUCCAGAGAGAGGCUGUAUGAACUUUGGAUGCUUUAUUGUAACAAGAAAGACCCAGAUUAUUUGCAGCUUUGGCUGGACAGUUUUGUUUCUAGCUAUGAACAAUUUCUGGAUGUGGACUUUGAGAAGCUUCCCACGAGGGUGGAUGAUGUACCUCCUGGAAUAUCACUGCUUCCUGACAAUAUUCUGCAGGUCCUGAGGCUUCAGCUGCUACAAUGUGUCCAAAAAAUGUCAGAUGGACUAGAGGAGGAGCAACAAGCCCUGUCACUUUUACUUGUCAAAUUCUUUAUCAUCCUUUGCAGAAAUCUGGCUAAUGUGGAAGAAAUUGGGACUUGCUCCUAUAUUAAUCAUAUCAUCACCAUGACUACACUCUACAUUCAGCAGUUAAAAAGCAAAACAAAAGAGAAAGAAGUGGCAGAUCAAUCACCUAUAGAAGAGUUUGUAAGACACGCAUUGGCUUUUUGUGAAAGUCUCUAUGAUCCGUAUCGAAACUGGAGGCAGCAAAUUGCAGGGCGAAUCCUGAGUAGUGUUGAAAAGAGCAGACAAAAGUAUAAACCUGCUUCCCUCACAGUGGAAUUCAUCCCUUUCUUUUACCAAUGCUUUCAAGAAAGUGAACAUCUCAAGGAAAGCCUGAAGUGUUGCCUGCUACAUCUCUUUGGAGCCAUUGUGGCUGGUGGACAGAGAAAUGCUCUUCAAGCCAUAUCUCCUGCCACCAUGGAAGUCUUGAUGCGUGUUUUGGCAGACUGUGACACCUGGGAUGAUAGGGAUCCUGAGGAAGUGAGCAGGAAAGCAGAGCUGACUCUUAAGUGCCUGACAGAAGUAGUGCAUAUCCUUCUCACCAGUAGUUCAGACCAGCGGCAAGUGGAGACCAGUACCAUACUGGAGAACUACUUCAAGUUGCUUAAUUCAGACCAUUCAGCGUUGCCUAACUCCAGGAGAUCUAGGCAGUGGGAGAAUAGGUUCAUUGCACUACAGAUCCAAAUGCUGAACACCAUCACAGCCAUGUUAGACUGCACUGAUAGGCCUGUUCUGCAGGCCAUUUUCCUUAAUAGUAACUGCUUUGAGCAUCUCAUCCGACUGCUGCAGAACUGCAAGCUGUUUUUAAAUGCUAACAAUAAGGUGGCAGACAAGAGUGAAAAAGACCUUGCCAACAAAUUACUGACAGAAAUGAAUGAGGACCAGGUGUUUCAGGGACAACUAGACUGCUUGGCAGUAUCCACCAUUCAAGCCCUUACAGCAGUGUUGCACAAAUCUCCAGCUGCGAAGGAGGUCUUUAAAGAGAGGAUUGGUUAUGCACAUAUCUAUGAAGUACUAAAAUCUCUGGGUCAGCCCUCGCGAGAGUUGCUAGAAGAACUUAUGAAUAUGGCUGCUGAAGGUGAUCACGUGUCUGUUGGAAUUUUGGGCAUUAGUAACGUCCAGCCCUUAUUGCUGCUUAUCCAGUGGCUUCCAGAGCUAGAGUCACAUGACCUUCAGAUCUUCAUCUCAAAUUGGUUGAAGCGAAUCUGCUGUAUUAACAGGCAGAGUCGUGCCACGUGUGUCAAUGCAAACAUGGUCAUCCGCAUCAUUGAGACAUUAAACUUCCACUCUUCACUCCAUCGCACUUGUGCUGAGAACCUGAUUGGCCUCCAGGGUUCUUUGGGAAGUCAAUCAAUGAGCUCUGAAGAACUGCAUCGACUAAUACGACUCUUGAGGACUAAUGAACCAAAGCAGUCUCACCCUUACGUCAUCCCUGUGAUGCGUGCAAUUCUGGCAAUGGCUCGGAAGCAAGGCCUGGACAGUGCCAUGCAAUAUUUCAACUUGUCCCCCAGCAUGGCAGGAAUUGCUGUGCCACCUAUUCACAAAUGGCCAGGCUCUGCAUUUUCCUUCAAUGCUUGGCUAUGCCUAGACCAGGACCAAGUUACACCUGACAUCACCAGCAAGGGAGGAGGCAAGAGGAAGCAACUAUACAGCUUUUUUACAGGAAGUGGGAUGGGUUUCGAGGCCUUCAUUACCUGCUCUGGAACGCUGGUGGUUGCAGUUUGCACAAAGAGAGAAUAUGCAACAGUGAUGCUGCCAGAGCAUUGUUUGUGUGAUUCCCUCUGGCACAACAUAACUAUUGUUCAUAUGCCUGGAAAGAGGCCCUUUGGUCAAAGCUUUGUCUACAUCUACGUCAAUGGACAACAGAAGAUCUCUGCCCCACUUAGAUUUCCUGCCAUGAAUGAACCUUUUACUUCUUGCUGCAUUGGUUCAGCUGGUCAGAGGACAACCACUCCUCCUCCAUCUCAGAUACCGGACCCACCCUUCUCCUCCCCUAUUACGCCUCAUCGAACAUCUCUAGGUGGGAUUCUCUCUCCAGCUAGUUGGGGCGGACUGCUUGGGAAAUCAGAGUUGAUCACCAAGUUGAUCUCCGCGGGUACCCAGGACAGUGAAUGGGGAUGUCCAACAUCACUGGAGGGCCAGCUUGGGUCAGUUAUCAUCUUCCAUGAAGCACUGCAGCCCUCUCAGGUGAAAGCUUUAUAUUUGGCAGGCCCAAACUGUCUAACUCCAUGGAAAUCCCAAGAGUCUGAAGUGGCAGAUCUGCCCAGUAAAGUGCUUCUUCACUAUACACCCAAGGCCUGCAGAAACCCAAUCUGCCUUGACCUGUCCACAAAUCUUUUACAUGGAAGACUAACUGGAAACAAAGUAGUGAACUGGGACAUCAAGGAUAUGAUAAAUUGUAUUGGUGGAUUGAAUGUGCUGUUUCCACUACUGGAGCAGAUCAGUUUUCUCAGUGGACAGGUGCCUGAGAGGUCUGAAGGGGAAACUAUACCUCAGGAACUGGUGACUCCAAUAGAGGGAGACUGGGUGGUGUUAUCAUCUACAAAGGCUUCAGAGGCUCGUCUAGAGAAGAAUAUUGUUGCAACUUUCAUCUUGAUGAUAAAGCACUUUAUUCAAAGACACCCUAUUAACCAAGAUAAUCUCAUUCACUCCCAUGGAGUUGCUACCCUAGGAGCCUUGUUACAGAAGGUGCCAGGCAGCUUGAUGGAUGUGAAUGUACUGAUGGCUCUGCAGUUAUUGAUAGAACAGGUCUCUGUGGAAAAAAAUGUGCAACUUUUGCAACAGAUGUAUCAACAUUUACUUUUUGACUUUAGUAUCUGGAACCGUGGAGACUUCCCUUUCCGGAUUGGACAUAUACAGUACCUUUCCACAAUCAUCAAAGACAGCAGGAGGCUCUUCAGAAAGAAGUAUGGAGUGCAGUUUCUACUAGACACACUCAGGAUUUAUUAUGGUAGUGGCUGUAAAGACAGUGACUUAGCUCCAGAUGACCUCAGAACAAUACAAAUAUUCCUAUAUGGACUGAUCAAAUAUUUCCUAAGCAAAGGUGGGACACAUGAAGAAAUACAGAGCAUCAUGGGAUAUAUAGCUGCGACCAGUGAAGAGGAACAGCUCUGUGGGAUUCUUGAUAUACUCUUCAGCCUACUUCAUACAAGCCCAACCCGGGACCAGCUUUUCUUGUUGCUUUUUGAACCAGGAAAUGCUGAUAUUCUCUAUGCUCUGUUACUGAAUCAGAGAUAUUCUGACAGGCUAAGGGAACUUGUAUUCAAGAUUGUAGAGCAGAUGCUGAAAUGUACUAAAGUCUAUGAACGGAGUAAACAACGUAUGAGACUCAGAGACGUGGGAUACUCUGGGCUAGGGCUCCUUCUGAAUGAAUCCCCAGUUACCAUUUCUCUUAUUAAAAAUCUUCUUAACCAAAUUCUGUAUGCAGAUCCUGUUGUGAAUUACAGAGACCUCAUAGCUGUGGUGCACCUGUCUCAUAGAGCAGAUAUAAAUGUUAGAGUGGCCAUCUGCAAAAAGGUUUUACAGCUUUUACAUUCCCAGCCGGAUGCAGCACAGCAGAUUUCUCAACAGCUAGCCUGGCAGGAGACAUUGGUUAGACUAUUCCUAAAAGAAAACUCCGACAUCAGGAAUGGACUUAAAGAGAGCAGGACUGACUCUACAAAGGAAGAUGAAAAAAAAAUUCCUCCUGAAGAGCUUCGGAAAUGCUAUCCUGAUCAGACAGAGGGGGGGAAAGCUGGUGGCUUUGCCUCAGUUAAUGGUUCAUAUGAUCAGUGGAGCGUGGAAGACAGCAAAUCUUUAGAUGUCACCAGCUGUUUUUCUGGUACAUUGCUGGAAGGUACUUCCAUGGAAGAGAUGACUUUCAGGUCAGAGGAUCAAGAAGAGUUAUGGCACAGUAAUCCUUCACAUUUGCGUUUAGAUCUGUCUAGCGUGGACUCUUAUGAGCUGGCUGAUAGUGGGAAUCAAAUGACAGAUAGCCUACCCAGCACACCGUCACCCAUUGAAAAUUCAAAGCCAUUCUCUGGUCAGCCUGACAAAGAAUCAAGCGUCAUCAAUGAUAUGGGAUUCAGCGUUGAUCUUUCGUUAUUUGAAAACCAAGGAGGAUCUGAAGAGGAGCUCAUACAGUUGCUCACAGAUGUCCUGCUCUGUGUGAUGUGGAAAGGUUUAGAAAGGUUUGAUGAUGCUGUCUGGAUUGAGAGGGGGCAGGUGUUUUCUGCACUGACCAAACUGGGGAUAUCUAAUGAGUUACUGCAACCUUCUGAUGAAAUAAAACUCAACUUGCUAGAGAAGAUGCUGGAAUGGACAGUCACUGAUAACAGAGACACAAAAGCUCUUCCGACACAUGCUGAAAAUGCCUUCCGGCUCCUGCUCAUUGUACAGGACUUUCUACAGGCAGAAGGGCUAGUUAAUUCAAACUUAUGGACAGAAAAGCUUUUAGAAGAGCUGGUGACACUCAUUGACAGCCUGUCACUCUGGUACUCUGCUGGCCCAGAAUGGAUCAAGCUCUCCCAAGUGCAGGUCCAGUUGCUCCUGGGAUUCAUUGGACAAGAUAACUUACAGGUUUGCGCUAUGGCAGCCGCCAAGCUAAACACCCUUCUUCAGACCAAAGUAAUUGAAAGCCAAGCUGAGGCAUGCUACCUCUUGGGGAAGUUGGAAGGCAUCCUGAGUAGAUCAAUCAAAGAGAAGACAGAAACGUACGCAUUCUUGAUUCCCCUUGUUCGAACGCUGGUAUCCAAAGUUUACCAACUUCUCUUCAUGAACCUGCACCUACCCUCGUUGCCUCUCACCAAUGGCAGCCCCUCUUUCUUUGAGGACUUCCGGGAGUAUUGCAGCUCUGAUGAAUGGCAAGUUUAUAUUGAUAAAUAUAUUAUUCCAUAUAUGAAACAGUAUGAAGUCAAUACAUUCAGUGAUGGUCAUGAGCAUAUGGCACUUUAUUGGAAGGACUGUUAUGAGGCAUUAAUGGUGAAUAUGCAUAAGCGAGACCGAGAACGAGGAGAAAGCAAGCUCAAAUUUCAGGAGUGUUUUGUGGAGCCAUUUAACCGAAAGGCACGCCAGGAGAACCUGCGUUAUAACAGCAUGCUAAAACAGCUUAAUAGUCAACACACCGCUACUCUGAGGCAGUGGAGAGCAGCCCAACUUUACCUGACUUGUGAACAGGGCCCCUGGGCUGAAAGGAAACAGAAUCCCAUUCACUGGAAACUUUCAAAUGUGGAAAACUACUCGCGUAUGAGGUUAAAACUAGUGCAAAAUUACAAUUUCAACUCCCAUCAGGAGGCCAGUGACCUGAGAGACAAUUUAGGGAUGCAGCAGACACAGCCAUCUAGUGAGUCACUGCUCCUGGAGGUGGUGAAGCAGGUGAAAGUUAGUGACAUGGAGGAUGAUAUACUUGAACUGCCAGAAGAGGACACAACUGCUGGUGCAAGCAUGGAUGAAAAGGAGGAGCAGGGUCAGAAAGAAAAAUUGGUACUGUCUGAAGAAUGUGAACUCAUUACACUAAUUGAUGUAAUACCUGGCAGACUGGAGGUCACUACCCAGCACAUCUGCUUCUAUGAUGGCAGCAUUGAAAAAGAGGAAGGAGUAGGUUUUGAUUUCAAAUGGUCCCUUUCUCAAAUUCGAGAGAUACACUUGCGCCGAUACAACUUGAGGCGGUCAGCCUUGGAGAUCUUCCUCACUGAUCAGACCAACUACUUCCUUAACUUCAAUAAGGAGGUGAGAAACAAAGUGUACAGUCGAAUCUUGUCACUCCGUUCUCCAAAUAUUUAUGGGACCAGAUCUCCACAGGAACUGUUUAAAGCUUCAGGCUUGAUGCAGAAAUGGGUGAACAGAGAAAUAUCAAACUUUGACUAUCUCGUUCAAUUGAACACCAUGGCGGGACGAACUUACAAUGACCUUGCCCAAUAUCCUGUGUUUCCUUGGGUCCUGCGAGAUUACACAUCAGAAGAGUUGGACUUGAAUAAUCCUGCUGUCUUUAGGGAUCUAUCCAAACCCAUUGGAGUGGUGAAUGAAAAGAAUGCCAAAGCUGUGCAAGAAAAAUAUGAGAAUUUUGAGGAUCCUCUUGGGACGAUUGACAAGUUUCACUAUGGUACUCACUACUCAAAUGCUGCUGGUGUCAUGCAUUAUCUCAUUCGAGUAGAGCCUUUCACCACACUGCAUAUCCAGCUUCAGAGUGGCAGGUUUGACUGUGCAGAUCGGCAGUUCCAUUCCAUUCCUGCAACAUGGCAAGCCCUUAUGGAUAACCCAAAUGAUGUGAAGGAGCUUAUCCCAGAGUUCUUCUACUUCCCAGAGUUCUUGGAGAAUCAAAAUAAGUUUAACUUGGGUAAGCUACAAAUCUCCAAAGAGGUAGUGAAUGAUGUUGUUCUCCCAAAAUGGGCCAAGUCACCUGAAGACUUCAUUUGUAAACACAGGAAAGCACUGGAGUCUGAGUAUGUCUCUGCUCAUCUCCAUGAAUGGAUAGAUCUGAUUUUUGGCUACAAACAGAGGGGACCAGCUGCAGUGGAGGCACUCAAUGUGUUCUAUUACUGUACUUACGAAGGAGCUGUGGAUUUAGAUGCCUUAACAGAUGAGAAGGAAAGGAAAGCUUUAGAAGGGAUGAUUAACAAUUUUGGACAAACACCCUGUCAGCUGCUGAAGGAACCUCAUCCUGCGAGAUUAUCUGCAGAGGAGGUAGUACAGAGACAGACCAAAAGUGACAGCUCAACCCUGAAUCUGUUCCAGCAUCUCCCUGAACUUAAGUCAUUCUUCGUAGAGGGUAUCAGUGAUGGUGUUCCCAUUGUCAAGGCUGUUGUUCCCAGGAACCAGUCACGUUCCUUUAUGUCUCAAGGGAGCCCAGAGAUCCUGGUGAUAGCAAGUCUGAACUGCAUUAUUGGAACCCACGGGUGGCUACCAUAUGAUAGAAAUAUCUCCAACUAUUUUACGUUCAUCAGAGAUCCAACUGUGACAAAUCCCAAAACCCAGCGUAGCAUAAAUGGUCCUUUCGCUCCAGGGCUAGAGAUCACCUCUAAACUGUUUGUAGUGUCCCAUGAUGCAAAGCUGCUGUUCAGUGGAGGGCACUGGGACAAUAGCAUCAGAGUGACAUCGCUCACAAAGGGCAAGUUAAUUGGACAGCAUGUCAGACACAUGGAUAUUGUGACCUGUUUGGCUAUAGAUUUCUGUGGAAUCCAUUUAAUUUCAGGUUCCAGAGACACAACGUGUAUGAUAUGGCAAAUAGUUCAGCAAGGAGGAGUUCCUGUAGGCCUGGCACCUAAACCCUUGCAGAUUCUGUAUGGACAUACUGAUGAGGUAUCCAGUGUUAGCAUCAGCACUGAACUGGACAUGGUGGUAUCUGGAGCCAGGGAUAGCACUGUGAUUAUUCAUACUAUUCGGAAAGGUCAGUACAUGAGGACUUUGCGACCACCUUGUGAGAGUUCCCUUCUGCUGACUGUUCCCAACCUGGCUGUAUCCUGGGAAGGACACAUAGUUGUCCACACCAGUAUAGAAGGAAAGACUACUCUCAAGGAUAAGAAUGCAUUACAUCUCUAUUCUGUGAACGGGAAGUAUUUGGGCUCUGAGAGUCUAAAGGAGGAAGUGUCAGACAUGUGUGUGACUGGCGAAUAUAUCGUGAUGGGGAGCUUACAAGGAUUCCUUUCCAUACGAGAUCUCUAUAGCCUGAAUCUCAGCAUCUCCCCUUUAGCCAUGCGACUGCCGAUUCGCUGCAUUUCUGUUACCAAAGAAUACAGCCACAUCCUUGUAGGCUUGGAGGAUGGCAAGUUGAUUGUCGUUGGUGUUGGCAAGCCAGCUGAGAUGCGCUCAGGUCAGCUUUCCCGAAAACUGUGGGGAUCAAGCAAACGGCUCAGCCAGAUUUCAUCGGGAGAGACUGAAUAUAACACUCAAGAUUCCAAGUGA